UAGUGCAGUUCUGUCCAUGGAUUCGACGUGUGUGAGAUUACGUCCUUCUGUCACGCACAAUUCACAGUAUUAGGGUGUGAGCAGAGUGACUGAUGGGCUCAAUUCCUUCGCUGUUCGUUUGAGCGUCGGGUGCCGUUCAGAAGUUCGUCCUCAGUGCAGGUCAACAGCUGUUAAAAUCAUGUCUGCUUUUCUGCAUCACUGCCCAUUCCUGAAGUCCACUCCAGGCCCUUCUCUAAGGAAUGUGGCAGCAUACCUCGGCUUGGCUGACAGAUGUCCAAUCAUUGUCCGCCAGAUCUCUGUAAAAGCCUCUCAAUCCUUUGAGGGAAAUGGUCUGCUCCCUCAUAAGGAGCCAAAGCGAGAGCUGGCUACCACAGCGACUCAGGUGGCGAUCUCCAUGUCCCAAAGCUGUCCUUUCGUUUCCUCUAAGAUUGGACUGGUUAAAGCAAGUCCACAAGUGCAGGAGGAUGUCCAGCCAAGUCUUGAGAAUCAAGGCACCUCAGGCUUGAUGAGCUCGAUGUUCAGUGGCUUGCAAAGUCAUCAGUCCAAUGGUCCUACACACCUUCUUCAGGACAAUUUUGCCAGAGCCAGUUUCAACUACGAUGACUUCUUCACUCAGAAGAUUGUGGAAAAGAAGACUGACCAUACCUACCGCAUCUUUAAGACGGUGAACCGUUUUGCAGAGGUUUUCCCUUUUGCUGAGGACUACUCCAUCUCUGGACGCUUGGGCUCCCAGGUGUCUGUAUGGUGCAGUAAUGAUUACCUGGGCAUGAGUCGACAUCCCAGAGUUGUCAAGGCCAUAAGAGAGGCUUUGGAGAAGCAUGGUGCAGGAGCAGGUGGAACCCGAAAUAUCUCUGGGACGAGUAACUAUCACGUAGCCUUGGAGAGUGAGCUGGCCCGUCUACACCAGAAAGAUGGAGCACUGGUCUUUUCUUCCUGCUUUGUAGCCAAUGAUUCCACCCUCUUUACUUUGGCUAAAAUGCUCCCAGGCUGUGAGAUAUACUCAGACAUGGGCAAUCAUGCCUCUAUGAUCCAGGGCAUCAGGAACAGUGGGGCUAAACGCUUCAUCUUCCGACACAAUGAUGCCAGUCACCUGGAGGAACUACUUAGCCGCUCGGAUCCACUCACACCCAAAAUCGUGGCCUUUGAGACUGUGCAUUCAAUGGAUGGUGCAAUUUGCCCUCUAGAAGAACUGUGCGAUGUAGCACACAAAUAUGGAGCUCUGACUUUUGUUGAUGAAGUCCAUGCUGUCGGACUGUAUGGGGCCCAUGGAGCAGGUGUAGGAGAGAGAGACAACGUCAUGCACAAGAUCGAUAUUGUCUCUGGAACUCUGGGUAAGAGAGAUACAGUCAAUGUCAAGUGCAUGAUUUUAUCCAGUACUAGUCAAUGUCAUUUCACCUGUGUUCUUGCCCUAAUCCUUUUCAUCAAGAUGGUUACAUUGUUUGAAAUAUCUGUAGGCAAGGCAUUUGGCUGUGUAGGUGGUUAUAUAGCCAGCACUGCCGCCCUGGUGGACACUGUGCGCUCCUACGCUGCCGGAUUUAUCUUCACUACCUCCUUGCCUCCCAUGGUGCUGGCGGGGGCUCUGGAAUCGGUGCGAGUGCUGAAGAGCGCAGAAGGCCAGGCCUUGCGCAGAGCCCAUCAGAGAAACGUCAAACACAUGAGACAGCUGCUGUUGGAUGCUGGGCUGCCUGUGGUCAACUGCCCCAGCCACAUCAUUCCUAUACAGGUUGGAGAUGCAGCCAAAAACUCCAAGGUGUGUGAUAUUCUGUUGGAGAAACACAACAUCUAUGUGCAGGCCAUAAAUUACCCGACAGUACCUCGCGGAGAGGAGCUACUGCGUUUGGCUCCUUCUCCUUUCCACAACCCCAUUAUGAUGAACUACUUUGUAGAGAAACUGUUGGAUGUCUGGCAGGAGGUUGGACUACCGUUGAAUGGACCGGCUAUGGCCUCAUGCACCUUCUGUGAUCGGCCUCUCCAUUUUGACCUCAUGAGCGAGUGGGAGAAGUCCUACUUUGGUAAUAUGGAGCCGAGGUACAUCACUGUGGCUGCACAGUGAGUGAGUUUCAGCAGAUCAAGAUAAAGAUCUGAUUUAUCAUGUUCGACUGAGUCUUCAAAAAUUCCUCUUUCAAUCCAGAAUAUUGCCAUGGUUAAAUAUAGAAAUAUUGCCAAGAUAAAUGUAGAGGGUGCUCAAAAUGUUUUAAAUCAAUUAAAGCAAUGUUUGUGGCAAAAAUAGUGUUUCUGUAUUGUUUGCUGUGACUGUUAAUGAUGCAAGAAGAAUUUGUUUUUUACAUGUACCACUAAAUCUAGAUAAUUAAUUUUAAUGUGUGUCCCCUCUGCAUGACAACAAACCUGCACAUGGGCACUUUUUGGUAGUUUACUAUUAUUGAAUAUUUGAAUCUCGGUCAUUGUUUUCAAUAAUACAUCAAGAUGUUAUUGUAUGUAGGCUAUACAUACGCAUGAAAUAUCAUGUUUAAUAACAGCUUACACUGAGAAUAUGCCACAUGUCCUGUUGCUGUUUCGGAUUCUUUUGCAAAUUCAUGAAUUUAAAAAUUCAAUAAGUAUGGUCAGUUCCAAUAAAAUGCCUCUGGUACCUACUUACAGUACAACCACUAGGUUUCAAAUACCAACCAAAGCAGAAGAUAUUUGUACUCUGAAUCUGAUGUAUUUAAUUUUAAAGUGAGAGACUGGAAAUGUCAGAAGAACAUUUGUAAAAUGCUAACAAACAAUGGUCAAUUGCAACUUAAAAUUAAAACCAUGAAACUGA